AUGGACUCUGCCAGCACAACAGGCGCCCGUCGCCACGAUGAGGGCCUGCGCGAGCGUAUCCCGGCCUCUCAGCCAGUUGACGUCGAUGCCGUCGGCAGUGCCCUGGCGAGUGCUGGCUACCUCGAUGAAAACGAAGAGACCAAGACCAAGUCCAAUGCGACAAAAACUUUUGGGAGAACUCCGGACGGUACAAUAUUCACCGUGCCGCAGACCCAUGACAUGGUCUCGCAGCUGUUGUCUCCGUCCGAGCCAAAGAACCUCUCCGAUCUGAUAGUCCUAGCCGCACUUGCCUUCCACAUCCUAACCUUUGUCGUUCUCCCCUCGACCGCCAGGAUCCCCGUCUUUGCCGUUAUCUACCUGUUCUGGAGAGUGUCUUACAAUGGCGGCAUCGGGUGGCUGCUUCACAACCAGUCACAUCACAAUACAAUGAUGCAGUGGGCGAAAAAGUCCAAGAUUUUUGCCAAUCCGUCCACAGGCGACAACCCGCACCCGAAGCUAUACAAACUCAUCAAAAGGGACAUGGAGACCAUGAUACCAAAGGAUUAUUCUUUCGAUGAUGCCCCCUUGGAGUACAACACCUGGCUGGUCUUCCGGCGCCUCGUAGACGUGAUCUUGAUGUGUGACUUUACCUCGUACUGUUUAUUUGCGGUGGCCUGCGGAAACCGUCCUGGAAAUGAGACCACAAUCAUGACGGGCCUGAGAUGGGCUGCAGGAGUCGCCUUAGUGCUUUUCAACCUGUGGGUGAAACUCGACGCACACAGAGUCGUCAAAGACUUUGCCUGGUACUGGGGCGAUUUCUUUUUCCUGAUUGACCAAGAACUCACUUUCGAUGGUGUAUUUGAGAUGGCGCCUCAUCCGAUGUACUCGGUGGGCUAUGCUGGUUAUUACGGAAUCUCGUUGAUGGCUGCUAGCUACAAGGUGCUCUUCAUUUCGAUAGUCGCACACGCUGCUCAGUUCGCCUUCUUGGUUCUGGUUGAGAACCCGCAUAUUGAAAAAACAUACAAUCCCCCCACCCCUCGCAAGCGUCCAGCUGAGCAUGAUAGCAACGCUAGCACUCCGCCGAUGUCUCCCAUCAACGACACAUUUGCCUCUACCACUACACAUGAGAAGCCGCAGGUCCAGCCGCAACCUUCACCUGUCCACCACUUACUCGGACCUCAUAACUUGGAUCUUCAUCGGGUAACUGACUCAUCGAUUAUUCUAGUCCAGAUCCUCAUUGCUGCCAUUACUGCCCUUACCCCAUCCACGCCUUUCUACCAAUUCUUGUUUGUGGCUAAUGCUGCUCUAUGGAGAUGCUGGUAUUCCAUUGGUAUUGGAUAUAUUCUCCAUCGACAAUCCCAGUACAAGUCUUGGACGCGUCACUUUGUCAAAUUCGGUGAUAGCACCGAGGAAGCAUGGCGUCAGUGGAAAGGAUCCUACCACCUGAGUAUGACGGUUUGCUACGCUUCCUUCAUUGCAGCAUCCUGGAAAGUGUAUACACUUCCUUCGGAUUGGAAUCAUGGAUUAGUGUUACUUAAGCAUGUGCUCGGCGCGAGCAUGGUUGCAUUGCAGAUCUGGACUUCUGUCAGUAUCUAUCAGUCGCUAGGAGAAUUUGGAUGGUUCUUCGGUGAUUUCUUCUUUGAUGCACACUCGAAACUAACCUACAGUGGCAUUUAUCGAUACCUCAAUAACCCAGAGCGUGUUUUGGGUCUGGCCGGCGUCUGGGGUGCAGCAUUGAUUACGAGCAAAGGCCCCGUCAUUUUCCUUGCCUUGCUGAGCCAUGUUCUAACACUAGCCUUUAUUCAACUGGUUGAACGGCCUCACAUGCAGAAACUCUAUGGCCGAAGCUUGCGUCGGGACGCAGGCCUGGUAAAGAGCUUGAAGCGAUCAUUGCCUCCUCCUUUACAGCAACUUGGCGGUAGCGUAGACCGUAUGGUGGAUGAGUCUUUCGAAUUUGUUGAGGAGCUUCUAGAAACCGCUCGUCCAAAGUUGGCCACGGGGGUAAACAGUUUCAUGAAGGACGCCAAAUCACUCUUCCGCCAAUAUCCCGCACGAGUCACCAUUACUCGUCUUGACGAUGAGGUCGCUGCAGGUUAUGCUCUAGAGGACUAUUCGCUGCAGAUUGAAGGCACCGAAUCUUCACCGUCGGCACAGGUCGAACGCAGCAGUGGUAAAGAAGGCGCCCGUGCUAGAGAACCCUUAGAGAGACGAGGCGAUCUGAAGAGCUUGAUUUUCGAAUACGGCUCCCCAAUCAAGGUCAAAUGGACUGCCCCUCUGAAUCACAGCAAGAAAGACUGGGUAGGCCUGUACAUGGUCACUGACAAUACCAGACGAGAGGUCACUCGUGUUUCAUCUCAAGGCAGGUGGAUCGCCACGAACGAAGGCGCCUACGACAGCCUAACCUGCGAAAAGGGCCUUGUCACCAGUGAUAUUCUCAUCUCCGCAUCUCGUCGGAGCGAUGGCGAAAACCGAGAUUGUGCCUCUGGCGAAAUGGUUUUCUCUGGCGAUAAGCUCUUUUGGACGCAAGGUGUCUUUGAGUUUCGCUACCACCAUAACGGCAAACACAACGUCAUGACAAUUUCCAGACCCUUCGAAAUUAGAAUCGGCCGCUUCGACGAGGAAGAUAUCGAGGUCGAUGAUACUGGAGUCGUUCAAGCAGCCGUCGAAGCUGCAUUGCUACCAGUUGUCCGCAAUUGCUUCGAUCGAGACCCGGAAAUCGCGCCUGAGACUGCCGAAGAGCAUUUCGGAAGUCUGGUGGAACGAGAUGGAAAAUAUGCAAAACGGGUUGUGUUUGCAGUGCAUCAGAUGUUCGGCGUUGAAUUUGCGCCAGAAGUUGUCCGGGCUGAUGGAAAUGUUCGCAACAUGGCAUGGAGAAUAUGCAAUGCGAAGAAAGUUCUGGCCCCUUAUAGCAUGUCCAGAUCUAGAGGAACCUCGACACCCACGAUAUCUAAGGACUAG